CGCGUGAACGCGGUGGGCCAGGGCCUGAUCCAGAGUGCAGCCAAACACACAGACACCCAGGCUCUGGAGCACGACCUAGAGACCACCAACCUCAGAUGGAACUCCCUCAACAAGAGGGUAAGUCUGUCUAUCUGUUUGUUUGUAAUGGUAUGUCUGUGCUGAUGUUUGUGCUAUGGUUUGUGUCUGACUGAGUAUGCAUAUUUAUGUGUUGCGUUUGUUUGGUGUGUGCGAAUGGAGGGAUGGGUUUGUAUGGAAUCAGGUUUAUGUCUUUGUGCAUGUAUGUCCAUGUCAACAUUGUCCCCCUCACUCACUGCAUUGUUCCUUGACCAGGUUGCAGAGCGCAUUGCCCAGUUGCAGGAAGCCCUGUUGCAUUGUGGGAAGUUCCAGGAUGCCCUGGAGCCUCUUCUGAGCUGGCUGAGUGACACAGAGGAGCUGGUAGCCAAUCAGAAGCCCCCGUCAGCUGAAUACAGAGUGGUCAAGGCCCAGAUCCAGGAACAGAAGGUGAUGAGUGGCGAAAGGGAUGAUAGAUGGAAUGAUGGAUGAGUAUCUAGAUGGAGAGAUAGAUAGAUAGAUUGAGGAACAUAUAUUUUAUUUCAAUACCAAGUAUUUUCCCUAUAUCAUAUACAGAGUCAUUAUGACUAAGAAUUGACUGGUCAUUAGAGACAUUUGGAACCUAGAUUUGGAUAAAAUGAGCUUAAUAAGAACUUUGAUUCAUAUAUUUGCACUUUAUUUAUUCAUAGAUAAUAAUAUAAUUGGCUAUUCGUGUUAUUCAGUUGUCCUUAUUUUCACCAAGAAACAUUUAGCACAUGAAAGGGGGAAACACCCACACACAUCUUUUGGCGGAGGAAAAGUCUGCCAGUCUGGUUGGCAUACAACACACCAGUUCACAGAGAUGACGGAUUACAAUGGUUUUUCAGAGAAACCGAGAGGCAGAAAACACAAUGCCUGCUCUCCCUGUUUAUCUGACACACUUCCCGUGUUUGCGUGUCGAGGAGCACGGAGGAUUCAGCCACUUCACUCAGUCAUACGUGUUUACAUCCGCCACUGAAAGUAGAGCCUCACUGAGGGUCAGUGGAGAGGAAACUGGAGAUGAGUGCCGUUUAACGGGGGCCCGUUCAACGUCACUGAACAGUUAUGAAUGUUUUCAGAAAGGGAAGUACUGCCAAAUUGAGCUACUACUCAUAGUGAACGUCCUCAAAAGAGGAGUGGCCUGAUAUUUGAGAAUAAUAUAUUGUUGAGGAACACUGCAAAACAUUGCGGUAUUGAAUGUGAAGUAUGUUCUAGCUAUCUUACCAACUGUUUAACGCAGAAAUCCUUCUGGUCUUGAAUAUACCCCUAACCCUAGUAUACAUGCAGAACAAACAUUAUGAGAGUUGGUAUUAUUUGUGGUGUUGAACGUACCUUCUAUGUCUGUCAUUUUCCAGCUGUUACAAAGACUACUGGACGACCGCAGAGCCACUUUUCAGAUGAUCCAGGGAGAGGGAGAGAGGAUUGCAGCUACGGCCGAGACUCAGGACCGAGACAAGAUCCAGAAACAGCUGGAGAGUCUGGGAGAGAGAUGGGGCGAGCUGCUGGAGAAGGCCAUGGCAAGGUAACGUACAUUAUUGUAUGGACACACUACACAUAAGAAUUGAUAGAACCAGUCCUCAUUCAUCGUGUACAUGCACCACAGUCAGCGAAUACAUACACACUCAACACCACAUAAAGACUCUUACACAUGCAUAGUAUGCACACACACACACACACACACACACACACACACACACACACACACACACACUAGCCUACCUACUUCACUACCACUACUUCAGUACACAACCCACACAUUCCUGACUGUCACAUCGGACUACUUAUUUAGAUCUACAAUGAGACAUUGAUAUACAAAGGCGACCCAAACCCUCACUCCCUCCUCCUCCCCCCUCUGCAGGCAGUGCCAGUUGGAGGAGCUGCAGACGCUGGCACUGCAGUUCCACGAGGCGGUGGAGCCUCUAGGAGAGUGGCUGAGUGCCACAGAGAGACGCCUGAGCACCGCCGAGCCCAUGGGAACCCAGACAACUAAGAUCACCCAGCAGAUUACGAAACACAAGGUAAUGUGGAUGACGGUAACGUGGAUGACGGUGUCACAAGCUAACGUGGAUGACGGUAAUGUGGAUGACGGUGUCACAAGGUAACGUGUCCCUCUCGACACAUGGAUUGUGUUGAAGUCCCUGGAAUGAAACUAGGGAGAGAAGAGGAUGGUACCGGAAUGAAAAACGGGUUACUUUCCAAUGAGAGAAAGAAAGGGAACCCCAGGCUCAACCAUUUCCCCCUCAUCAUUUUGAUAUGAUUUCAAUAUUAUAUUUCAUUGAACCUUUUUUGUUGUUUAUGAUUUUAUGUUGUCGUUAUUGUAAGUUAUCAGCAUAGUUAGCACUCAUUCAUUCCUUAUGAUUCAUGGCCAUUCCUGAUGAUUUAUGGCCAUUCCUUAUGAUUCAUGGCCAUUCCUUAUGAUUUAUGGCCAUUCCUUAUGAUUUAUGGCCAUUCCUUAUGAUUUAUGGCCAUUCCUUAUGAUUUAUGGCCAUUCCUUAUGAUUUAUGGCCAUUCCUUAUGAUUUCUCAUCUGCAUGCUCUCAUUUUAUUUUAUUUGUUUUUUUCUUCUGUUCUUCCUCCUCUCUCCUUUACCCCCCCUCCCCUCAUCUCCCCUCCACCCUCUCCUCUCCACACACACCACACCAGGCCGUCGAAGAGGCCGUCUCCUCUAGAGGAGCCGAGGUCGACCGCCUCGAGGCCCUCGGCCAAUCCCUGGCGCCCCUCAGCUGCGCGGCCGACCGUGAUUGGCUGGGGGAGCGCGUGGGGGCGGUGCGGCUAGGCCAUUCGGAGCUCAGUGAUUGGUGCCAACGCAGGGCCGUCAUGCUGGAGCAGGCCUUGGCCAAUGCCCAGCUGUUUGGGGAGGAUGAGGUGGAGGUGCUCAACUGGCUGGCUGAGGUGGGCCAGCGGCUGGGACAGGUGUCGGUGCAGAGCUACCAGCCGGGGGUCCUCACCCAGCAGCACAAGCACACACUGGUACGAUACUAUGGUUUGGACAGGGAGUAGCUAUUCAUUAUCACACAGUGGUAGGAUACUACCGCACUACCACAGGGAGUAUUGUAUUGGCUAGUACUGUCUAGACAUUGAGUAGCAAUAUGAAUGACUUCUAUUACUCUCUAUAGGGUGUUCAUUCUAUUUUCUCUCCACUUCCCCCAUCAGUCUUUGAAUGAAGAGAUCGUGAGCAGGAAGAAGCAGGUUGACCAGGCCAUCAAGAACGGACAGGCCCUGCUCAAGCAAACCACAGGUACAGUACAACCUCUUAACUCUGGAAACUACGAAAUCUCCCUUCCCUGAUUCUGGACCGGCUCUCCCGUGGCCCGCAUCUAACCAUCACCAGCCAAACAGCCAGAACUGUUCCUGGACCUGUCGUUAUAAAGGCAUAUUAUAACCACGGAGCCUGGAUUCCACUGACUCUGGGUCUGUUGUUAACCCCUGCAGGUGAAGAGGUUCUGCUGAUCCAGGAGAAGCUGGACGGUAUCAAGUCUCGCUACGCUGAGAUGACGGCCGGGAGCAGCAAAGCCCUCCGCACACUGGAGCAGGCCCUGCAGCUGAGCACGCGAUUCGCCAGCGCCCACGACGACCUCAACCAAUGGCUGGACAAGGUGGAGGCGGAGCUCAACGUCAUGGAGCCCGACGCCACGCCGGCCUAUCAGGACAGACAGAAGGUAGGGGCCGUUUUCUUAACAGUAUGCUGUGAAUAUAUAAUAUAUGCUGUGUAAACAUAUUUACAAUCUUCAAUAUUUCCAGAUGUUCAGUGGUCAUUUCAAUUAAUGACAAACCCAUUGAUUCUUAAAGAAUAACUUAUAGAUUCCUUAUUCCUUAGCCCAACUGUCUUGUGGUUAUUAUAAUUGUUCUUACUGUAGCGUAAGUAGGACUUAUAUCUUGAGUUGAAGAUACUCAAUCUGUGUGUGUGUGUUUCUCUCCCAGGAGCUGAAGUGUGUAUCAGCGGAGAAACGUCUGGUUUUGGACACGGUCAACGAGGUGGGCAAUGCCCUCUUAGACCUGGUGCCCUGGCGUGCCCGUGAGGGUCUGGACCGCCUGGUGGCUGACGACAACCAGCGCUACCGAACGGCGGACGAGACCAUCACCCAGCGGGUAAAGCUGGUACAGGCUGCCAUCCAGAGGUCACAACAGGUACUGCAAUGUGACAAUAUCAAAGGAAAGUUUAUUGGUCGCGUACACCAUUAGUACUUCAUUGAGUACUGGCUGCUGAGUCCAUUCAGUGAUCGUAUAUAUUUACAGUGCAUGAUGGUGUUGAUAGUUAAAGGUAGGCCUAAUUGUAUAAGUUCAGGAUUUGAAUAGUUUUUAUUUUCAGGUCUUCAUUCUCUCUAUCUUUGUCUGUAUGAUGUGUAGAAGUAAUUCAUGAGGUUUCUGCUCUCGUUGUCAAUAAGAGGAUGAUGCUAAUGUUGUAGCAUUUCCCUCUGGUCUUCUCUUAGCAUGAGGAGGCUCUGUGUAAUGCUAACCAGCUAACGCUAUUGUAAAUGCUAAUAACAUAUCAUCCUCUCAGUCAGUAUGGGGAGGCUGAGUGUGCCAUGCUAACUGUGUCUAUCUCUCUGUGCCUCAGUAUGAGGAGGCGGUGGACGCGGAGCUGACCUGGACUGGGGAGACUGAGAGGAAGUUAUCCUCCCUAGGUCCUCUGAGUCUGGAGCCUGACGUCACCGUGGCCCAGCUACAGGUCCAGAGGGCCUUCAAUAUCGACAUCAUCCGACACAAAGACACAGUGGACCAGCUACUCAACACCAGGGACGACAUCCUGGAGACCUGCAGCGACCAGCAGAGAGAUGCUCUGGUGGUGAGAAGAGAGGGACGAAUAGGAAGGGGAGAGUGUUUGGGGAGAGCGAAAGAGGGCAGAGAAAUGCAGGGAGUCAGAGAGAAGGGUGAAAGGCUUCCAAACACCCCAAGAGGACUUUUGUAACAUAUAAGCAAUGACCAAUUUUAAGAAAAGUUAAUUCACAGGAAAAUCUAAUGACAUGAUAGACGUAUUAUUAAAUAUUAUAAACAAGGAGGGAAAUAUUGUGUUUUGGCCUCGAAAUACAAAUAUGCAAAUUAUCUUGUAUUUUGUGCUUGAAGUAAAACGGCACAACAGUAGUAGACAAAAUGGGAAAUAUUCCAGUGAUUUUUGCCGAGUUACCAAAUGUGAACCAUUCUAACCGCUUUUCCUCUGCUCUCUCUCCUCAGGAGAAGACUGACUCACUGUCUGCCCGCUACGAGGCGGUGAGCCAGCAGCACCAGGAGCGUUUCUCAGCCCUGGAGCAGGCCCAGGUCCUGGUGGCCCGUUUCUGGGAGACCCAGGAGGACUUGGAGCCCUGGCUGGGGGAGACGGAGACCCUUAUCGCCCAGCUGCCCCCACCCGCCAUCGACACCGAGGCCCUGCGUCUACAACAGGAACAGAUGAGGGUGAGGAGGGAGCGUUGGAAGGAGGCAGAAGGGGGAGGGAGUGGGAUGGGAGUAGGCUCUAAUGACUGUAUUUGAACUAAUAUCCUUGUGAAAAGAUGUAUCAUGUCGAAGGAGUUCCAGCACUUCUACUUUUUAUAAUUUGCCUUUUUUCAUUUCUCCCUCUCUUUCUGUGUGGUACUCUAACUCUACCACUCUCUCAAUCACACUAUCCAUCUUCCUCCUUCCUUAUUCUCCACUCUUUCUGCCUCUCCUUUCUUUCUUUCUCCCUCCCUCCAUCCCUCCUCCAGCUUCUGAGGGAGUCCAUAUCAGAGCACAAGCCCCACAUCGACAAGCUGCUGAAGAUCGGCCCCCAGCUGGCUGCUCUGAGUCACCAGGAGGGGGCCACGGUGAGGCAGCGCUACAGCGACGCCGAGAAACGCUACGUGGCCAUCAAGGAGGUGGUCAAGGGUCGCGCCACCACCCUGGAUGAGGCCGUGUCUCAGUCUGCACAGGUAUGGUUUCGUAAAGUGAAUUUGAAAUUAGAUUGUAGCUUGAAAGGGUGUAAAUUGCCGAAGCUUGUGUCUGCCGAUUGAUGCCCCAAUACAACCGAACUAUGGCAUCCAUAUGAGGAAAUCUGAUGACUUCCUUAUAUGGAUGCCGUAAGCCUUGUUGUAUACAUAUUUGGAAGUCAUCAGAUUUCCUCAUAUGGAUGCCAUGCGUACAAGCUAGCUGCUAAUGGCAUUAUGAGAUCAAUGUACACUUAUACUCCUCUUCCACAACAGAGUGGUGUGGUAUUAGGCAUUGGCUGUAGUGUAGUUGUAUUUCUGGGACCAAUGCUCAAACUAUAGUAUGAUGGUGUACUGGACUCUUUACUUGGAGCUGUGUUUUGGCUCUUUUUGCUAAUUUCCAUAAAAGGAAUGGAAGAGAGAACUUAUUCUUGCGCUCCAAGAAAUGUUGCAAUGAUCUUCGAAAGUCUUGGUCAUAAUAUGAUGGUAGUGGUAGUAAUAGUAGCUAUUUGCUAAACUACACAGCUUCUUGCUACGCUUGUAGUAAAGAAAUGGUUACAUACAACUCGCUUUUCCCAUUUCUAUUUCCAUAAGUAACAUUCACAUUUUAUUUCAAUAGUUCUCUUGUCAAAUGCUCUCUCAUAGCACCUAAUUGAAUAAAUCAUGAGCCACCAUUGAUUAUCACGGAGCGCGAAGCUGAUUGUUGCUGCUGUUGGUAUUGCUUGGCCAGAGUGUGUGCAUGUCACUGAUCUAACACAAUGUAUUGUGUCUCCACCUCCCAUCCCAUCCCUAAUGGACCAUAUCACCCACUUAUCUUUAUGCAUCCUUCUCUCUCUCUUUUCAUCCCUCCUAAACCACCAACCUCCAUACCUCUCUACCCCCCCCCCCCUCUAAAUUCCCAACCCUCCCUUGUGCCUUACAUUUCCCCCUCUCCUUGCACUCCUCAAUCCCUCCAUCCUUCCAUCCCUCCCUCCCUGGUUUGCUCCAUCCCUCCACCCCACCUCUAACUCAUUGUGGAUGUGCUGUAUGUGUUGACCCACCAUUUCCUCCAUCCGUCGUCACUUCUCACUGCAAUCACCCAGCUGGUAGAGGUAAGACCACUGACUGACCUGUACUGACGCCAACCGACCACAACGUGACUUAGUAACCAUAGUACUGACCCAGAUGUACUGACACAACUUACAGAAAUGGAUUUGUUAGUUAUUAGAAUUCCUUCCUGCGUGAACCUUGUCUAGGCUUAGACAACCCUCUAUAACUCCUAAGAAUACUUUGUCCAAUGCCUCUCCUCUUUCCCAAUUAGUGUGUUUUGAUAUGUAUGGCAAUUGGCAACUCUAGGUUUGCCCUCCUCUCUGUUCCAGUCCAUGUUACACAUUUUGACAUUGCUCAAAUGCAGUUAUUUAACAAAAAUGUCCAUAUAACCUUUAUCAACAACCACUUAGUGAGGCUGUGGUAAUAAUGUGUGCUGAUUGAAAGUUGGGCGCAGUAUUCCUAAUUAAGUCAACUUUAUUAAUGUAUAGUAAAUACAUCUAUAGUACUCCCACAUCACAUGCCUGUCCAAGUAUCCAAAAUUACAUGGUAUUUUUUAGUAAGAUCUCUGCAUUUUCGCACCAUCAAAAUGUCACCCCUCCCCUCAGAAUACAUAUGAAAGUAUGUAUAAUAAUACGAAAAAAUCUUUAACGUCUCUGCAUGGUCAAUCCGACGUCUGCAGUGGCCAUACAGCAUUUGCUGCAAUACGGCCUCUGUAGAAGUCAGGGCAUUCAUAAUUAUUGCGCUUCGCAGAGAAGAGCAGAGCUGUUGUGAAGGAAGUUGUCAAAGAAGUGAGUUUGUGUUCAUACAGGACCUCCCGCCCCCACCUACCGUCAACCAAUCAUGUCAAUGCGGAGCUAUACGGAGCCCUCCACAUUGUUACAAAAAUUGGGAGGCACACGGCAUUGCCGUACGGCGCUCGAUUUGGCCUCCGCAAGCCUCCGGAGGCUCCGCAAUUGCGUCACACCCUCCAUACGGAGCCUCCGGACAGCAUUGGCGGAUCAAGCAUAAAUCAUCGAUUAGUCACAUUACAUUUACAUUUUACAUUUUACAUUACCCACCUCCUCUUCUUAACCCUUUCUCUCCACCCCCUCCCUCUUCCCCUCCCAGUUCCACGACAGGAUGGACCCCCUGUUGGAGACCCUGGAAGGGGCUGUGCAGCGCCUCCGAUCCCCUCCUCCCGUGGCGGCGGAGGUGGAUAAGAUCCGGGAGCAGCUAGCUGAUCAUAAGGCAACAGGGCUGGAGCUGGACAAAUUGCUGCCCUCCUUCUCUGCCCUGUGUGCCCGCGGCGAGGAGCUCAUCAGUCGAGCAGCCCACGACGACCCUGCUGCUCAGGGUGAGUGCCUGAAACACACACAGAGAUACACUUACAUAUAUACUGUGUACAAACAAACACACACAUAUCACAUACGUCACCCAGGGAUACACUCAUACACAAGAGACAGUGAUUCAUAAGGGUGGCAGGUACCUUAGCGUUUAAGAGCAUUGGGCCAGUAACCGGAAGGUCGCUGGUUCAAAACCCAAAGCCGAGUAGGUGGAAAUCUGUUGUUGUGCCCUUGAGCAAGGCACUUAACCUUAAUUGCUCCUGUAAGUCACUCUGGAUAAGAGCGUCUGCUAAAUUACUCAAUAUGAGGAGAGUGACUAAAACGUCAAUUUCUCAGUACGUCACUUCAUAAAUAUGAAUGAGUGCUCUGUGCAGUGGUAGUGGGAGUGUAGCCUACUCACUCUCUAAAAUACCACUGUUGAGAGCUAGUCACUAGAUGGCCAUGCUAGAAGGGACAAAAGCAGCAAUAACAUCAGAAAUUAUAAGCAAGUACAUGAGCUAUUAGUUGUAAUGUUAUGGUUAGGUUCAGGGCUAAAAUAAUGAAUAAUUACUUGUCUUUACAUACAAUUCCUCCAUCCAUUUUCACAUACACGACCGUUCAAAAGUUUGGGGUCACUUAGAAAUGUCCUUGUUUUCGAAAGAAAAGCAAUUUUUUUCUUUGCAACUCUGCCUAGAAGGUCAGCAUCCCGGAGUCGCCUCUUCACUGUUGACAUUAAGACUGGUGUUUUGCAGGUACUAUUUAAUGAAGCUGCCAGUUGAGGACCUGUGAGGCGUUUGUUUCUCAAACUAGUAUGUGUCCUCUUGCUCAGUUGUGCACUGGGGCCUCCCACUCCUCUUUCUAUUCUGGUUAGAGCCAGUUUGCGCUGUUCUGUGAAGGGAGUAGUACACAGCAUUGUACGAGUUCUUCACUUUCUUGGCAAUUUCUCGCAUGGAAUAGCCUUCAUUUCUCAGAACAAGAAUAGACUGAUGGGUUUCAGAAGAAAGUUAUUUGUUUCUGGCCAUUUUGAUCCUGUAAUCGAACCCACAAUUGCUGAUGCUCCAGAUUUAUUUCUUCUUUAAUCAGCACAACAGUUUUCAGCUGUGCUAACAUAAUUGCAAAAUAGUUUUCUAAUGAUCAAUUAGUCUUUUAAAUUGAUAAACUUGGAUUAGCAAACACAACAUGCCAUUGGAACACAGGACUGAUGGUUGCUGAUAAUGGACCUCUGUACGCCUAUGUAGAUAUUCCAUUAAAAAUCAGCUGUUUCCAGCUACAAUAGCCAUUUACAACAUUAACAAUGUCUACACUGUAUUUCUGAUCAAUUUGAUGUUCUUUUAAUGGACAAAAAAAUUGAAUUUCUUUCGAAAACAAGGACAUUUCUAAGUGACCCCAAACUUUUGAACGGUAGUAUAGCUAAUCGCAAAUAGUGACUCUGUCCUUUCAAGCAUGGACAAAUAACACCACGCUUUCAGAUUCAUUCCCAACUCUCUCACCCCCCUCUUUCCCCAUCCCAGCCGUGCAUUCCCGUCUCCUGCGCCUGCGCUCCCUGUGGGAUGAAAUCCGGCAGAGGGCUGAGGAGCGGGAGGGGAAGCUGACAGACGUCUUGGACCUGGCUGGGAAGUUCUGGGCCGACAUGGCGGCACUACUGAGCACGCUCCGUGACUCGCAGGACAUCGUCAAGGAGCUGGAGGACCCCGGGGUGGACCCCUCCCUCAUCAAACAGCAGAUAGAGGCUGCAGAGGUACGUAUGGAGAAGGGGAUGGAGGGUUGCUGA